UGCAUGAAAUUCAUGUGGGAAAACAUGGAAAUCUCAGGUAUACAGUUCUGAUGUCCUGGCCUGGAGAAGUCAUUGUUCUUGUUCUAAACUUUAACCAGCUAGAAAUGGCUUCAUGUGAUUGCAAUCUCUAUAAAUUUAUUUAAAAUAUACUACGUUUGUUUCAUAAACUAUUGGAAAAGUCAUAGGUCAAGAAGUCUAGGAAACCCCGUACAUAGUCUUGUAUAUUUAUAGUAUGUUAUCAUUAGGGUAGAGUCUGAAACUUCAAUGAAGGUCAAAAUCCAGCUCUUACUUUUAUUACUGGGCGGGUUCCCACGACAUGCUGUCACGUCACUCCGGCAGAUCUGCCAAAUGCGGAGACCGAUGGGAUCAAAGUGGAACAACAUUUACCAUCAGGUGAAAAGAAGAUGAAGACUGCAACCUCACCAUAUGCGACUUUUAACUUAUUACACGUGGCUGUACACACACAUGUGGCGAUGUGACUCGCAAACUUUAGUCAAGCCAUCUCCUCCAUGUAGACAGUACAAUGCCCAUGGAGGAGGGACCUCAAUCAUCUGCUAAAAAUGCAGAGAGGCAUCCAGCUGAUAUGGCCACCCUGACUAGUAGAGGGGAAGAGCCUGUUGCCGGUCCUUCUAGGUCCCAAAGACAGGGUUAUUGUAGCUGCUGUCAAGUUCUGUACCUCAGUGUGGAACAGCACAUCUUGAGUGCCCAACAUAGAGAAGUGGUGCGAGCUGCUCGGGCUAAUGUAUCUUCUGGGAGUUUGUUAGAAAGAUUCCUCCAGGAUGUGCUUCACCAUCAUCCCCAUCGCUACAGUGAUACACGGCCUACCCAUGCUGACCUACCUUCUCUCGCCACCCCACCUAUUCCAAAAGAGGUGCUAUCGGAGGUGUACUGUGGAUCAGAUGAUGAUGGUGUCUCUGUUGGGACACGUGAGGAGAUGCCUACCUCUGAUGAAGAGUCCUGCCAAUUGCUGCAAAUUGUAGCCUCAACUCCAGCAGUGAAGACUGAACAUACUGCAACUACACAUGUACAAACUGCUUCCCAAAUAGGGAAAAUGGUGCCUGAACUACCUCCUUCUGAAAAGAGUUCCCCCACACAAGGAUUUUUGCACAGGACUAGCGGCUCUGCCAAUGACAAACCACAUACAUUACAAUUUAUAUUACCCAUUCAGAGAAAAAGUUCACAAACACACCCCUCUGGAGAUCCCUGUGCUUCAGGAUGUCCACCAGUCACCAAGGCUGGAGACAUUGAACACGGAAAAGCACACAGGAAAACCAGUAGGGAUAAAGAGGGGAAUGACUCCAUUGCAGCUUCCCAAACCCCACCAGCUGUGAAGUGCAUUACCUCAAAGGACCAGCCUGCAACCUUUCGAUCAGUGGUUGAGGAAUCCACAGUGUGGACUUCCGCACUGCCACCUUGGAAAGGCCCCCAUAGGGAACAAACAUUUAGUCAUCUAUCUGACCAAAUUCGAGAUGUGAUAGAGGAGGUUAUUGAAAAGCACUGUUAUGGCCACAGUCUCAAAGUCGACCAGCAAGAGGACGAUGGCAGCAUUCUUCUGAGUCCUCAGUCUAGGAGUGAAUCCAAAGGCAGCGAAGAAUGGGACAAUGCGAUACAGAUGGCUUUGGGAAAAGCAAAGGGUGAGGAGAAGAAUUUAGCAGAGUUACUGGAAGUGCAUACAAACCUUGAAGACCAAGGAUACCAGACUCAACUGGACACAGCCCUGAACACUGUUAUGAUGAGUAUGGAAACAGAGCCUGAGGGAACCAAGGAGAGUGCUGCUGAGGAGGUAUUUCCCAAUCUUCCUCACAUACCAGAGUCCUUUGUUGGAAAAACAUGGACACAGGUGAUGUUUGAAGAUGACAUGAAGAUAGAUUCCAUAGUGAGAGAGUUCCAACAAGGUCAAUUCCGUUGCUAUUUUGAUAGUGAAUCCUUGGCUAGGUUUGGAAAACACCAUAAAAAAAAGAGAAAGAACAGGAACCAGGGGAAAAAAGCAAAAGCAGAUACUGCAGGAUGGGAGCCUGCAGAUAUUCUUCCUCUCAUGGAGCACAAUGAGGAAGACCCAAAACUUCCAGCUGUUUUGUUGAAGAGAACAAGACAAAAAAAUUUCAGACUAGCAUCACGUUGCCAAGUGGUAAAAGUAAGCCACGGCACACAAACCAUCCCCCUAAGUUGUCCUGUGGUGCGCCUGAAAUCAACACAAGAAACAUUUACCUCACCGCACAGCCACAAGUCCCAGCAAUGUCCUAGCCCUGAAAGGACCCCUAACAUGAAGACCAGACUUUGUGCAUUGAAGCUUCCUGCUUCUUAUUGCAAGAUCAUGACUCCUAUACAGCCCAAAACUGUGGUCUAUGUGCUUUCUUCCCCAGAUGGGGGUCAAGGAAUUUCCAAGCCCACCCCUGCUAAGAAAGCAGGGAGGAAGCGAAAGUCAUGUGACAGCAAUGUUUCCCUAAAGUACAAGUACAAAAAGACACCUCUUAAGUACUAUGACCCUUUGACCAACAGGAUCUUGAAAAGCCCACCAAAAGGGAUGCCUUCUCUCACCAAUUCCAAAUCUCUUUCACACGUCCGACAGUUAUUCCGUAGCCUUAGCCCAGAUAUUAACAAUGAGAGGCAGAGCCUGGGGCAAGGGCAUUCAUCAGGAGGCUCUCGGAUGGGUCGUGGCAGGAGCAGCAUGGUUGAUCUAUGUACCUCUACCUCAGGCUCUUGUCUGGAGAGCGGUGGCACCUCUGAGCCUGGUUCUUCUUUGGCUAGCAGUCGUAAAGCUUUGUUCAACCGCUCCUCUCUCUCAAGUACCAGUUGUUUCCUUCUGGGACACCUUGCACCAUCUGCCUCCCACAUGGAUGACUCUUCUAAAGGACUUCCUCGCUCUUGUGCAGGGAGUUCCUAUAUGGUUGGAGGAUCGGAACAAGAGCAACACCACAAACAAACACAAGAUGAUCAAACACCAAUCAGACGUAGCUCACGGAAGGCUGGACCUUUGAAUCCAGCCAAGAGACCACCAGUACCCCCUUACAGGACCAAGAGAAAGUCCACCAAACCACAGCCCAAAGCAAAAUCUCAGGGCACUCUCCAGCGAACAGUUAGUCCCUGCAUAUCUGUAGAAUGUAGGACAUCUCCCAGAAACAAGAGCCCUGCUAUGGCCUCACUUAGAUCAUCAUCUUCCUCUAAACUGGCAAUUCAGCCUGUCAUUACACCCUCUUCGAAACAAAUACAUACAAUGCUCAGUGCCAGUCAGCAGAAGAGGGUGAGGGGGAGGACCACAACUGUACAUAUAGCAGACUGAACGUUAUCAGACACCAGCUAUUAGCAUAAGCUGUCUGUUCUUCAAAUGCUGUAUUGGUUUGCACAGUUGAAUUUCAGCUGACUGUUUCUAGUUGAAGUUCAUUGUUUUGUCAGUAUAUAUUAGUUUGUUUGUCAUAUCAUGUGUUUUCUAACUUGUAAUGAUUAUAUUUUUACGUUUAUAAUGGGUAUUUUUCUCUAAGAUUGAUAUUGCUAGUUGUAAAUUAAAUUUUUAUGAAUAUUUAAUAA